AAAAAAAAUGCCACUGGAGUGUCUUGAGUUUGAUCGGAAUUUAUUGGGUAUCGGCCCUUCGGAGCGAGUCAAUGUCUCUGGAGUGAUGCUGCGCUGAGGUUGAGAGGCAAGGUUUCCAGGGGGACUAGCGCCUUUGGAGAUGCGGUGUUGGGGGACAGGUAUACUCGUGCGAGACGUAGGGGGUUAACUGGCGGAGAUUAUCAGGCGGUCAUCACACUGUGAAGCGAAUGUCAUUGGUGCCGGUAGAGCGUAAUAAUUGGCACGUGUAUCUAUAGGGUUUCUACAAUCCGUGAAACGUCGCCGUGGAUAUUGUGUGCGUGGCGUGGAGGCACGCAUUCUACCGUCAUCGCUAUUUCAAUCAACAGCAGCAUCAGUGACACAGCGAGCCGCGGCGGUUAAAUCUGAGCCGAUAGCGGCAUUGUCAACCGGGCACUACGCCUUGAAGCGGCCCCGAGUGCAUGUUCACGCCGGGAAAACAACAACUUUCACGGAGUGCGGAAACGCGAUCUUUUAGACUGCCAGCUCCCCUUGAAGGCACCAGGCGAUCUUAUUUCAUUUCAUCCCACGGCCUGGCAACUUGCCUCCCCUCUCUUGGAGCCAGUCUGGAGAGUGCUGGAACCCUGUUCUUUUCCUUGCACCGCCGAAAACCACAACAUAUUAACAUUCCGGAAACAUGAAACACUUGUGGAACUAUGUCAUCUUUAUAGGAUGCCUAAUGCAAGUGUCAGCAGGUGACCACAAUGUAUCUAAUCUGAUACGCGACAGGUUUAGUGACUAUAAUCGUCUGGUGAGACCGGUCAAGAACGCAUCCCUUCCCAUUAUUGUGGACUUUCUAUUCUACUUCGCUCACGUCCUGGAUAUGAAUGAACGAGAGCAGACGUUGAGCAGUUCCAUUUGGCUGACGUUGUUUUGGCGUGACGAUUACAUGACGUGGGACCCCGAUGAUUACGGUGGGGUGUACAUGUUCAAGGUUCCAUCAGAGGAAAUAUGGCUGCCAGACAUCUACUUUUACCAGAACGCGGAGCUACAAACUAAGAACUUUCUGCUUGGGUCCGUGGUGAAGAUCUUCAGCGAUGGGAAGAUCAUGUGGGGCGCCCCCGUCAACUUCAAGGGAUACUGCCUCCUGGACGUCCGGUACUUUCCUUUCGACCAUCAGCGAUGUGAGAUGAAGUUUGGCCCUUGGCAGCAUAACGGCAAAGAGAUUAUCAUGAAAGGGCAAGGUGACCAGUCCGUCUUCAAUAGCAACGGUGAGUGGGACAUGACGGGCAUCAACACCUCCAACAACGUGGAGUACUACCCAGACGAUCCGGGCAUCCCUUUCACUGACUGCAAGUUCACCAUCAAGUUCUCUCGGCGUUCCGAGUUCUACGUCUUCAAUCUGAUGAUGCCAUCUUGCUUGAUCUGUCUCAUGGCAGCCUUAGCCUUCCUCUUACCCCCGACCUCCCAGGGAAAGGUCAACCUUGGGGUCACCUUCCUGCUGUCCAUGACCGUGUUCCUCAUGAUCGUGGCUGAGUCUAUUCCGCCCACCAACCAGGUUCCUGUUAUCGGCCAAUACUUUGCAGCGACCAUGGUGUUGGUAUCCCUGUCGCUGGUGCUCAACGUAUGCGUCGUGGCCAUCUUUAGCCAUGCGACCGUGGGCGAGCCGGUGCCCGAAUGGAUCCGUACUUUCGUCCUGGGCGUGCUAUCCGCAGUUGUCCGCAUCUCAUCCGACGAGAUCAGGGACAUCCGGCGGGCCAAGUUCCGCCACCGCAGCCACACACACACGGUGCUGACCAAGUCUUCAGGCGGACGGACCAAGUUCACUUCGGUGCCUGUGAACGACGAGACCAAGACGCACGGGGUCAACUACUACAUGGACUACAUGCCCAACUCACACAUGACCAACGACAGUGACAAGUCUAAGCGACAAAGCGAGCAGUUCGAGGCGCUGACGCGAGAACUGAAGAGGAUGAACGAGACUCUGAACAACAUGAAGCUGGGUGAGAAGAGAUUUAGUGUAGACCAGAGACGAAACUACCGGGAAUGGGUGUUGGUGUCCCGGGUACUGGACAGGACUUUCCUGGUGCUUUAUCUUAUCGGUAAUGUAAUGGCAGUCGUACUACUCGUACUGCCCGUGAUGAUUAUGAAACCCGAAGUACCAAUGACGGAACACUGACGUUUGAUCUGCCGGUGCGAGCGCUUCAGAUGUACUAUCACAGACGAAUUAUUAAUGAGUGGUGUUCUAAUUGAGGAAUUGGUUAAUCGGGAACGGAGCAUCGAUAGGCUCGAGAGCGACGGCUGGUGAAGACUACGAGUAUCAAGACCACGCCCACUGUAUGAUUCAAAAUCGAUGGCGUUCAGUUACAAAUCAUUUCACCGUUUGUUAAACUCUCGUUUAGGUUACGCGACGUUCGUGACAAAUUAAAUGAAAUAAGCAACCAUUAGGGUAGCUUCAAUCCAUGACUACAUGUAUUGCCAUGGACUAUGGCUGAUAACAUAAAUAUGUCAGUCGAUGUACUAUCUGUAUCAUUACGAUUUAUCACGGUUCUUCCUUUACUGGUUUGAUUCUUUUAUGAACGUCAAAAUGAAGUGGGAAAUGUGGCAAGUUAUUCCAAAAAUAGGGAUGACGUAACAGUAGUCGUUGUAUGACGACCUCGCUUGCAUCUGACUAUCCGACGACUGUUGUUUCACCCGACGCAUGCGUAUCAUAGACUGAUCCACAUCUAUCGGACCAUUGAGAAACAGUUGUCAAGUUUACGCGUGGUGUUCAUACCAAAUCGAGGAAUCAAGGUAUUAGACCUUUCUUGUUCCAACGCGGACUAUAAACUUGACUGACCUGACUGGUGACUUGACCGUUGAGGACUGGACUGGCCUGUGCAAAAUGUCAGAAAUUAAUUUUACCGUGACUUGCUUAACUGGUAUCCCCGCAUUUCAAUAAAGCUGUCUGUAUAGAGAACCAGAGACUAGUUUUGUGGUCAAUGCUGGGAGACUUUGAGACUCUUGGUGGCAGCAAACACACCGGUCCUUUGGGGGGUAUUUUUGCGCAGGCGCACACAUUGUGCAGGCAUCAAUUACUUUUUCUGCAAGCAAGUAUUAUAAUACUCAAUUACCACAACGCGCAUGCGUCAGUUGGUACGAAAUGGUUCUCGGACUGAACUUCCCUUUAAAAAAAUCCCCCGGACCUAUGAAUGAGAAAGAAAGUGUGAAAUUUAUUUUAUUGGUCAUCAGGACUUGAUUAAUCAAAAUUUAGCGAAGCAAAAACAAUUUUUUUGGGGGGGGGAUGAAAAUGUAAAAUUCCUUCACGAUUCCAACACCCAACCUGCAGCAUUCAGACCGUAGAUUUAGCGCAGCAUGCUUUGGCGAAACCAAACUGACUGCCGUGGAAUAUAAAUUAUAGUAUUUUUUUGCCGAAUCAGGUGAUAUUUAUAUGUUCACGUGAUAUGUUUCACGCAUGCGUAUGACAAUCAAUGAUUUUACCAAAAUGCCAAAAAAAAACAGUUUGCGUUCUGGCAUAAUGGAACAAAAUGUGAAACCAAACUUUGCCGAUUGUAGUUGAAAACUGCAUACAUUGAAUUAAGAUGCUUAAAUGUCCUAUAGUUAGAAAACAAGCUCCGAUAAUAUUGUAGGGAACUAAAACUCAAUUCACAUACGUGACAUAGUUUUAGUACUCGCGCUCGUACUGGAGAAAACAAAUUGGUACGGGUAUUCGUACUCGAACUCGUGCUCAUGCUAAUGUACUCUUACACUAGAAGUCGCAAGAAAAAAAUGUUUGCUCUUAUUGUAAUCGUACUCACAAAAUAAGUACUAUAAUUGCAAAUGUUCUCCACCAGUAAGAUCAUUUUUUUUAAAGUACAUACAGGGGAAAACAGUUUUACUUUUUGGGAGGUGUCUGAAUUAGUUUAAUGCUAAGUUUGACAGCAAGAAGCCCUAGAGAACACGUGACUCAUUAAAAGUUACUCGAAUUUGUGGAAAGUAAUCGUACUCGUACUCGAGCACAGAUUUGGUACUUGUACUCGGACUCAUGAAAAUGUACUCGACUACAACACUGAUAUGUGAUAACCAAGGACAACCCAAGGAAGACUUAGUAGUUUAACAUCAAGCUUAUUGGUCUAGGAACCCCACAAUAGCCAAUCAGUUUUGGAUGCAUGGGUCAAAGGUCAAGGUCAUUAUGGUUAUAAAAUGCAAAAGGAUUUUCAGGAACACUCUAAAAUAUAUUUGGCAUAUGACCUUAAAACCUGAUAUAGUUUGGGGUUUUUUGAGUCCCCAGACUUCAAAACCAAAGCAAAACUCUAUAAAAUUAUGUAUUAAAGAACAAUCGGAGCAAUCGUGAUUUGUUCAAAUCCUUUGCCGGGAACUCGAGAAUAUUUACGUCUGACCAAACGCAUUUUCAAAAUAAUAAAAAACAAAGCGUCUUAAAAGCUGCUUUUACGGCAAUUCGAGUGUAACUUAAAUUUUGUACCGUUGUUUGACAAAGACAAACUUAGUCCUUGACGAUAAUCAUUUGGAUCAACGGAUCGUUUCAAACCGAUAGAUUUCCUGACCGUUUUAAAGACCCGGAUUAAGCUGAUUUGAAAAUUUGGUAGUAGCUGCAACUUUGCCGGUUUUGAAGGUUACUCUUUAUCAAAAUAAUGUUCAUACUUAAUGAUAAUUGUAGUCUCUAUUAAAACUGGUCUUCUGUCGCGAUCUAGGCCAUAUGGCGGUCAAUUUGUCUUCGGUUGAAACCACAAAUGAAACGGUCACGUUGCAGUGUAAAGAUUAAGUUACUGGUUGAAUUAAGUGAAGCUUUAAUAGCUUGAUCCUGUUUAGUUAAAGGCCAAUAAUUUCCAUAGUAUAGCAAUAUUCAAAUAAAAAGCUUGAUUUCGUCUUCUGGGUCAAAGUUAAACGUAUACUAUGCACUUCAUUUUCGUAUAUCCAAUUAAUGAAUACUUUCCGUUAAGAUUUCUGAAGUUAUGUACGAGAUCUUAUGUGGCAUUAAUAAGAGAUUGUGUUUUAUUUAAAUGAAUGACCUUUAAGUGAUUUAGAUUGGGAUACUCAUUCGAACACCAUCCUCACAUCGGUAUUAAAAGACAUAUCGUUUAUUUAAACAAUUUUGGCCCAUUCCAAAUCAAGGUUAUCAACGAAUCAAGUACAGCUAUUGAAUUAGUUUUAAAAAAAGUAAUGACAUGAAUUAUGAACAAUUUUUGAGAUUUGAAUCGUCGUUUAUAUGUAAAGAGCGCUAAAACUGUUUUGUUUUAAUAACCACGUAUAUGCUACAUAAGCUAGUUGUCUUUCUGUGAGAGAUUUUAACAAAGUAAAUCUUCAGUUGAAUCUAUAAGCCUUAAUAUAUGCUUAGGGUUGAAACAAUGUUAUAUGUAAAUGAAUCAAAUAAGUCUAUUCAUAACAGUGCGAUAAAAUCUGGGAGAAAAUGAAAAUAGUUAAUGUAAAUAAUCGAUCAUAUAAAUAAAAUUGCAAUAUUAAAGGGACGUAGGCCUUUGUUCAACACAAAUGACAUUAUAUUUAAAUAAGUGGUUAACUGAAAGUAUCAAAAUUCAUCUUAAAUUUUAUUUUACAGAAGUUUGGUUAAAAACAAAACCUGCGGAAGAUGCUGUAGGUUUUUCCCAUGAUGGUAACAUAAGGAGCUUUCCAUUUUUAAACAGAGAAUGCUGCAGCACGAUGUAUUUUUGCGCGAAAUGGGGUGAGUAACCGACACGAAUGACUGCUGCAUUAAUACUUCAUUAAUGUUUCAUGUUCAGUUCCUCUGCCAUCGAGCAUUCAUGUCUAUUUCAUGUUAUUAUGACACAUCAGUGUAAAAACACGAUCAGGCAAAACCAGUGAAGCUGAGAGCAGAGCCGGCCCAUUCAUUUGCAUUACGAGGUAACACGUCCAAACAUUUGGGCCAAUGUAAGACUUAAGCAAGUCUAAGUGACAGUCACUGAGUGAGUUAGUAGACUGACCCCUUUGAACCCAGCU